AUGAAGAAGCUUGGCAACGGGAAAGGGCGGAGGGUUCACCCUGUCCCACCGCCGAGGGCGGCGCUCCCGGCAGCGGUGAUGGCCCUGGCGGCGGUUCUCACCGCAGAGGAUCAGGAGGUGCUGGCGUACUUGCUCUCCGGCGGCGGCGGCGGCGGGAGGUGGAGGGAGCAGCGACGGCGGCGGGCGCACCCUCCGGAGCUGGAGUGCGGAUGCUUCGGGUGCUACAAGAGCUUCUGGGCCCGGUGGGACGCGUCGCCGAACCGGCACGUCAUCCACCGCAUCAUCGACGCCGUCGAAGAGAGCCUGGAGGCCAGGGAGUGCGACCGCGGGGGAGGAGGCCGCCGCCGCAGGCGGAGCGGCCGCGGCGGGAACAAAGGCGCCAUCUUGGCGCCGAACGCGACGGCGGUGGCGGAGGCGGAGGAAGCGGCGGACAGCUUGAGAGUCGAGGGGAAGGUGUCCCCGGCACUGGACGCAGAACACUUCCCGCAUGAUGAUGGUGAUGACUAUGACGACGAUGAUGGCGAGGAUGAGGAUGAUGAGGAUGAUGAUGAGGAGGAGCAAGAAAUGAACGAGAGCAACAACAACAACAAGAGCAAGAACUCCGUGAGAAGAUUUAUGAGUUUUAUUGGGGAAACAGUGUGGGGAGUUUGGAAUUGA